AUGGAGAGGGAGGAGGGCGACGUCGUCGCCCCGGAGAAGGAGGCGGCCCCAUCAGUGCCGACUGCAGCGGAGCAAGGCAGGCAACCCAGCGCACCUCCUAUGCCGUCGGCUAGAGAGGCCAAUGCCAACCUGCGGCGGCAACUUGGGGAGGCCCAGACCACCCUGUGUGCCAAGGAGGCCGAGACCGCUGCCGACCCCGCCAUUGUCUUCCUUCCUGGUGGGCAGAGCGAGGAGGAGGCAACCCUGAACCUGAACGCCAUGAACAAGCUCCAGACCAAGAAGCCUUGGAACAUGUCCUUCUCCUUCGGGCGUGCCCUCCAGCAGAGCACCCUCAAGGCCUGGUCUGGCAAGAGGGAGAACGAGGAGAAGGCCAGGGCGACAUUCCUGGUGAGGUGCAAGGCCAACUCUGAGGCCACCCUCGGCACCUACAAGGGCGAUGCCACCCUCGGCGAGGGCGCCUCCGAGCGCCUCCACUUCAAGGACUACAAGUACUGA